CACUACAGUCCAUUUAACAUGAUUUCCUAUGGGACAUGUUCACAUCUCUGCGUUUUCACCCAGUGCCUUUUUGGAAAGGGUCAGGGACUUUUUUAAAUGCAAAAAGUUGCAUUUUUGGUUCUAUAGACUUUAAUGGAAACGCUGCAGAAGAGCAUGUAGUGAGUUUUUGCUACGUUUUUGAUGCAUUUUGCAUUUUAAAUCUGCCUAGCAACAAGAAGAAAAAGCAAAACGCAGCAAAAACACUGCCAAAACACGUGCAAAAAUGCAACGCAAAACGCACUGCAGAAACGGAUCAAACGCAAACUCCAUAGGUGUGAACCUAGCCUAAGGGUAGAUUCACACCA